GAGGGGCGGAUACUGGAGGCCCUCCCCAACGAGCUUCGAUCUACGUUGGGGAGCCUGCCCCUUGGUCCCUCCCCUCCUUUCUUCUCCUCCUCUCUCUCAGUCUCUCCCUCCUACUUCUUCAAGCCCCUCCCCGAGGUGGGACUCCGGACCGAGGCGUCUGUCUGGAUCCCAAACUCGCUCCUCCUGUUGGCAGCUUCACCGAGCUUCGCCUUUUCCAGCCAGGCUCGGACACGUCGCCCGAGCCGGAGACUUUGUGUUGGUCUCCGCCGCGGCACUUUUCCCCCGGGACUCCGGGGGUUCUCGGGUAGGGAUUAGGGAAGAGACCCCCUCGUUCCCCUACGCCGGGGUCUCCCCGCCCGAGCGCGUCUGUCCUGCGCUGGGAAAGGCCCUCCCUCCCGGACGCCUGGGUCUCCCCGCCGGAGCCAAGUCUCUCUGGCCCCACGUCCUGGACGCUUCAAGGACCUUCUCCGCCGUGGGCUCGUCUCCCCGACUUAGGGCUCUCCAUCGUCCUCGACUCUCGGACGCCCGAGCCUUCCCAGACCCGGGGAGCCCUCGGCUUCAGGACACUUAGGUGUCCCCGCUGGGGAGGGGCGAUUUUCCAGUGAUUUUCGCCUCCACCCCACCCCCACUGUCGGGACUUUCCGGAGCCGAGGAGCCCCAGCUCCCGGACGCCUGGGUUUGCCCUCCAUCGGGAGGCCGGAGCCGCGAGGGCCUGGGGUGGGGGUGGGGGGGGGAGAUGCGGCGGGGGGCGCUCCUGGCCCUGGCCCUGCUGGUGUACGCGGGCUACCUGCUGCUGGGCGCCCUCCUGGUGUCGGCGAUCGAGCGGCCCCACGAGAGCCGGCUGCGCGCCGAGCUGCGGGCGCUGAAGGGAGCGCUCCUGGAGCGCAGCCCCUGCCUGGACGACCCGACGCUGGAGCGCUUCCUGGCGCGGGUGCUGGAGGCCGGCCGCCACGGGGUGUCGGCGCUGCGCAACGCCUCGGCGCCCUCCAGCUGGGACUUCGCCUCGGCUCUGUUCUUCGCCAGCACGCUCAUCAGCACCGUGGGUUAUGGCUAUACCACCCCUCUGUCGGAUUCGGGCAAGGCUUUCUCCAUCUUCUUUGCCUUGCUCGGGGUGCCGUUUACCAUGCUGGUGCUGACUGCCACAGCCCAGCGUGUGGCCUUGCUGGUGACGCACGCGCCACUGCGCUGGCUGCAGUUACGUCAAGGCUGGGACCGAAGGCUGCUGGCCCGCUGGCACCUGGUGUUGUUGAUGCUAGGGGUGCUGGCCAUCUUCUUCCUGCUGCCGGCCGCCAUCUUUACCUACUUGGAGCAGGCCUGGACUUUCCUUGAUGCCUUCUACUUCUGCUUCAUCUCUCUUUCCACCAUUGGGCUGGGGGACUAUGUGCCUGGAGAACAGGAAGGUCAGAAGAACAGGGCCCUCUACAAGGUUCUGGUCACAGUGUACCUGUUCCUGGGACUGGUGGCCAUGGCUCUCCUUCUCCAGACCUUCCGGCGUGUGGCUGACCUCCAUGGAUUGACUGAGCUUGUUCUGCUGCCCCAGGAGUGCCAGGCUGAGAAUGAGGAGGAGGAACACGCAGAUAUCCUGGACUCUAGAGUUCAUUCCAUUCGCCAGCAACUCAACUCUGGCAUCCACUCAGACUAUGCUUCCAUCCCCCGGUAGCCCCCAUCCCGUUUCCCUUGCUCAGGCCUUUUCCUUGGGGGCAGGGAUGGACUUUGGACAAGACAGCCCCAUUUCAUCCUUGCUGUGACUGUUCCCUGUGUCUAAUUCCUGAGCCCUGCUGUUCCUUGGCAUGGGAUAAUAUCACAAGUGUUUUAAAAGGGUCCCCCAUCUCAUUCAAUGCCAGCUGUGCCCAAGUGUGAUUGGGGGCGGGGGGAAGGCUGAGAGAAGAAGGACAUAGGUUGGGAAGGGAAGUCCCUGGCUGGGUCCCAAUUCCCACACUCACAAGAGUCCUUCAAGCUUCUUGGGGUGAAGAGAUAAAUGCCCCAGGUUUAUAAGACUCAUGAUAUGAGUAACCGGGAGGAGGAAGGCAAGGUCCUUUCAGGAAGAGAGAAGUUGGAAUUUCUGAGUUGGUCACUUUCUCUACUCUGUUUUCCCUUCUGUACAAUGAAGAAAUUGAACUAGAUAGCCUCUCAAGAGUCCUUUCAGCCUUUUCAGUGGGGUACAUUUCUGGGUCUUUUUCAUAUCCCAGCUAGGCAUCUCUGUCCCAUUUCUUACUCAGUAGAGUCAGCAACUAGGGCUAGGUGAUCAGGAUUUAGUAUUAGGGCCUCCAAAUUUAGGGUCCCUGUCUACAAGAUGCACUUUCGCCCUCUGGCAGCCAAAUUGAAGGUAGGUUACUUUGCCCCUGACUCCUACUUGCCUUGGGCACAAAUUCCUAAUUAUAGUUCUUCCCUCACUCUUUAUAUUCUGGUUGUGAUUACUGUUGCUCCUUUUUCAAAGAGGACCAUAAGACGUCACGAGGGUGAUGUCUUGACUUGUAAGUGAGUCAGAUUUGAAGAUUGCCCCAGAUGCAGUGGGAGACCCAGGUCUUUUUACAUUUCCCAAGUCUUAAGUAAGUCUUAAGAGGCAACACCCAUUCAGUAAUUGAAAGUUAAGUAAGAAUCGAGGCAAAAGAAGCCCAGUUUUCCUUCAUAAAGAGUAAACUUGGGAGGGGAAGAAUUAUCAAGCCAUUGUAUGUAGGGACCCCCUUUUUCUUCACUUAUCCCUAUCUGCUUUCUCUUUGACCUCUUAUAGGCCGAAGGAAUGAUCCUUUGGGAAAAGGCAGUGGUUUAUAGAGUUGAAAACAGGAUCAGUGAUCUCUCCCUCUAUCCCUGCCUAUCUCCAAGCUCUAGGACUGCCCUUCCUCCACUAUGUACAAUGUGGAGUCUACCUGGUCCCAAGUUUGGUGAAAGAAAAAUUCUGACCUUUGCCAGAAACAAAAUUAUUUUUAUUUAAAAAAUUAAAAUUUUUUAAAAAUUUA